GAAUAUAUAUACUCGGGAUCAGACUAGUCUAGAUUAGAAGCUUCUCAUUCAUCUAGCGAGGCUCUCAUUUAUCCAGAUAGCUAGCUAGCUGACGGACUGACCAACUGGCUGGCUGGUUGUGAAUAAAAUACACAAUGAAUACAGACGAAGAGAAUGGCGAGUAUCAUGACACGAGUACAUUGAUCUUAUUCACGAAGAUUGCUGUGCGUCAAUACAAGCGAAAGUAUCCGGAGGAUGAAAUCGAACUGAAUAAUUUCGCAAAGAAGUGUGCAGAACAUUGGAAGAUGAUGGAACCAGAGGAGAGAAAACGAUUCAAGGAAUUGGCUGAAAUGGACGAGACGAGAUGUGAUCAACAACACGGUGGUGAUACAAAGGAGGGGAGGAUUGUUGAAAGGAGUUAUGUAGGUCGUCGUGUAACUCCUUUGCAACCGCGAUGUCCCUUGGAAUUCUUCAUGCAAGACUAUCGUUGUGUAGUGAAAGAGAUUAAUCCAAACUGGACUUAUUCGGAGACGACAUCAGAGCUGCGUAGAAAUUGGAAGGUGUGGGAAGACAAAAGGAUGUAUAAAAAGCUAGCACAGAUGGAUAGACAGCGCUAUGCGGAGGAAAUGAAAGCCUACAUUGAAGGUAGAUGGCAUUUUUCGAUGAGUGAGGCGGCUUCGAAACCUGGUUCAAAUUCGGAUUUUGCUGAAUCCUGCGAGACUCCAAUCCCGUGUUGCAGUACAGUGACGACGACGACGACUGGUGUUGUCGGUGAUGACGGCCCUUUUUGUGUUUGUGGAAAGUGUAUGAUUUCAACGAAGCUGGGUUGGAUUCCACUGGAGGAGGAGUCAGAGAAACGUGACGGAGUGGUGACCACCUCAACAGGGACGGUGACAACGACGGCUGCUGUUUCCGUUGGUGGUGAUGAUGGUUGUGGUGUCGUCAGUGAUGACAGGCCUGUUUGUGUUUGUGGAAAGUGUAUGAUUUCAACGAAGCUGGGUUGGAUUCCACUGGAGGAGGAGUCAGAGAAACGUGAUGAAGUGGUGACCACCUCAACGGGGACGGUGACAACGACGGCUGCUGUUUCCGUUGGUGGUGAUGAUGGUUGUGGUGUCGUCAGUGAUGACGGGCCUGUUUGUGUUUGUGAUAAGUGUAUGACUUCAACGAAGCUGGGUUGGAUUCCACUGGAGGAGUCAAAGAAGCAUGAUGGAGUGGUGACGACAUCAACGACGACAACGACGAAGCAGAAACUUCCAUUUCUUGUGGAAUUUCUCAUAUAGUUUUGUGAAGUGAAUACCCUGUUCUGUUCACUUUCUGCUAUUCCCUCUUCACAUUUUCUCGUUUGAAACGUACAUGAAGAAUGAUGUUGUUUUGACUUGAGGAUUUACUGUAUUCUGAGUUUGGUAUUCGUGUGUGUAAGUCUGCCUCUUCUUAUUCAUGUUUCUGUUCUCUGUCAUAUUCCUGU